CACUGGCUUGCACCCUGGUGCGUUAUAAAAAGCCUGAGCUUUCCUGACGCACCUCAAAACAGCUCAGACAGUGCGUCAAGACGACAGAGACUCAACUGGGGAACAAAGCCAGCUACACGCUCACCAGACAGGCCUGAGGCACAUAGCCGGCUGCACAUUCACCAGACAGAACCGUUUACCUGAGAGACAGGCUGCCGAUGCCGUCUGGGGUCACCUCUCGCGCAAUGAAACCCAGGAGACUGCUUCUGGCAGUGGAGCCCCUGCCCACAAUCAGUGAGACGCAGGAGGACGCCCCCACACAGGGGCCCUGCCAUGCCCAGCCCGCCCAGUCCAUGGAGGACUACGUGGACUCCAUCAAAGAGCUGGCACGCCCCAGUUUCGGGCCACUCAGGGUCCCACGGUCGCAGCGGCCGCGUCUCUUCACCAAGGCCCCGGCCCGGCCUGCCCCCAGAGCGUACCGGGCCCGUGGCACAUCCUGUGAGGCGGCACUCAGGAUGUCCCAGCAGAGGGACUGCGCGAGGGACCCACUGGACUGGCUGUUUGCGCAGAUGCAGCGAGAUGACAGCGGUCCUGCCGCUUUAUGCCUGCUCUGAAGGACAUGGGGCUGCCCAGAGGGUCUGCGCAAAUGCAGAGGCGGAACGGCAUUCUGCGUGCUUCACAUCUGCUCUGAAGGACUGCGACUGCAGAAAGACGACUUUGCUCCUAUAAGUUAUUACAGAGUUAUUUCAGAGGGUCUUGCUGUGCAGGGCUAAUGUUUACAGCCAGAAGAAUAUUAAUGAUUUUUGUAAUAAAAUGCGAAACUGCU